GAAAUGUCCGGAGGGAAGGGGCGGGUCCCGCGGGGCCGGGAGCCGCCGAACCGUGGUUCCUCCGGGGUCGGUGUCGGGACCGGGCGGUUGGUGCCCUAGCCCGGGGCUGGUGGGCCAGGCCUGGCCGGUCCCGGAGUUUCACAGGGCCUUGCUCUGGCACCUUCUCAGGUGCGGCAGCUGUUGCCCGCGAGCGGCGCGGGGGUCCGGGCGCCGACGCCCCCCAGGCCCCGGAUCCGCGGUGCGUCUCGGCGGGUGCUCGGCCGGGCGGCGUCCGGGCCUCGGAGCCCGGCGCUAGGGGCUCCCCGGAGCGUGGCGGGGUCCGGCCUGGGGUGCAGAGGCCGCAAGGAGGCGGGUGUCCGCAGGGAGGGCGCCUAGGGGAGCGGGCCCGCGGUGGCGCGGCCGCGGAGCCCGCGUGAUGCCCGGGCGGCCGCAGCACCGCGCGCUGGCGGCGACGACUGUGCAGGGAGAGAGAGGAACUAAUGAAAGCAGGAGAGGAAAGGAAUCUACUCAUAGUGGAGGUGAUCGGAGGCAGUACAGGAGAAGAAGGCAAAGCUGCAUCAGAUGGGUGCUUACAACGUCCAGCCUCAUCAGCUGGGGAAGCCCCGUGGAGACGGCCAGGCCGGAGUCCCCGCUGGGAGCCCGGGCAGAGCGUCCUCCCCUCGGCUGAGACGGACUGGCCAUCCCCAUAGAAGGGCCGUGUCCGGAGGGCGAAUAACAGGGUCUGCAGUCAGACAUUUGUUCGCCUACGUGCAGUGUGGAGCAAGCUGCAUUUCCAUGUUUUCGUGUUUCUGUAUUUUCAAGGAGCCCGGGCUCUGCAUCUGCCUCCCCUCGGGGAUUCCAUCCUGGGGGGCCAGCCCCGCUUGGAGCAGGAGGGGACGGGAGACCAGAUCUGUAGCUCUUGGUGUUCGGAACAGAAGGGCCCGUUCUGACCUGGAGGCCAGCUCAAGUUCACUAACCAGGCUCCCGAGGUCAUUCACGCAGCACGGGUCUCACCACCUUCUUGAGCCUGCCUGUGUACCUGCAGGUCCAGGAGGUCGGUUCUGCGGGACGAGUCACAGAAACCGGUAUCUGUACAGAACAGGGGUGAGGUGCAGACGGGAUGUGAGGACAGGCAGCUUUCCUUUCCAGGGAGAGAAGUUUGUAGGAGUAGGUGGGAAGAAGGCUUCCUGGGGUGGGGCGGUUUCUGUAGGGAGCGCGGUGGGAGCCAGGAGCAAAGCCCCUCCUGUGUCACUUCCCGUGACCCCUUCUCCCACGCCAGCCUUUUAUCCAUCGUGGCUUAAUGAAAACGGCCUGGGUUGUUUAGUUUCAAAAUUAUCAGACAGUAAAAUUGAUAGGAGAGGGGCGUGCAAUUCUACCAUGUUUAGAAGCGUGCAACCAAACCACCGCCACAAUCAGGACGCAGAGCUGUUUCACUGACUCCAGAAACCGGCCUUGUGCUCUCCCUUUAUUAUAUUCACACCUUUCUCCCACUGUUAACCUCCGGCAGACUGGUCCCCAUCUCUCUAGUUUGUCUUUUCCGGGAUGGGAUGGAAUGGAAUGGAUGGAUGGAAUCUUACCCUGUAUGACGUUUGGGGACUGGCAACUGUCACUCAGCACCAUGCCUUUGAGAUUCCUUUGUAACAUUCCACUAAAUAGGUAUACCAGUGUUGUUGUUUUAAUCUGUUCAUCCAUUAAAGAACAUUUGGAUUGUUUCCAGUUUGGGGUAAUUAUGAAUUGUACCGCUCUAAAUAUUCAUGUACAUGAAUUUUUUCUGUGAACAUAAGUUUUCAUUCAGCCUGGCUUUGAAAAGCAAACCGGUUUGAACUUCAGUGCUCAUUUGAGCUUUAUUGAUUGUAUGAUGGGCUUAGAAUAGUUACUUAACUUUUUUUAUUUUUUUUGAAAGAUUCUAUUUAUUUAUUUGAGAGAGCACAAACAGAGGGCGGGCAGAGGGAGAGGGAGAGAGAGAAGUAGGGAGCCCGACGUGGGACUCAAUCCCACGGGAUCAUGACCUGAGCUGAAGGCAGACGCUUAACCAACUGAGCCACCCAGGUGCCCCAUUUUAUUUUCAUUUUUGAAAGGUAUUUCCUCUCUAUAUAAAAUUCUGAGGUGACACAAUUUUUUUCUUUCUGUAAGUACUUUGAAGAGGUUGCUCCAUAGUCUUCUAGAUUGCUUUGUUUCUGAUGUGUUGUCUGUAUUCUGUUUCUUUCUUUUUUUUUUUUUUAAGAUUUAUUUAUUUGACAGAGAGAGACACAGAGAGAGGGGGAACACAAGCAGGGGGAGUGGGAGAGGGAGAAGCAGGCUUCCCACAGAGCAGAGAGCCCGAUGCGGGGCUCGAUUCCAGGACCCUGGGAUCAUGACCUGAGCCGAAGGCAGAUGCUUAACGACUGAGCCACCCAGGCGCCCUGUCUGUAUUCUAUUUCUAAUGUGUCUUUUUUCUCUGUUUGAUUUUAAGAUUUUCUCUUUGUCAGUAGUUUUGACUGAUUUGAUUAUUAUGUGCAUUGGUUUAGUUUUCUCCAUGUUUCUGUGCUUAGAAUUUGUUGAGCUUCUUGGGUCUGUAGUUUUCAUCAAAUUUGUACAAUUUUUAGCUACUAUUUCUUCCAGUAUUUUUUCUGCCCCACUCCCCCAAUCUGUAGAUUUCAAUUGCACAAAUACUAGUCGGUUUAGAUUUGCCUGAUACUCUGUUCAUUCUUUUGAAAAGAUGAUCUUUUCUCUCUGUUUCUUUCUGGAUAGUUUUAUUGCUAUCUUCAAGUUCACCAAUCUUUACUUUGCAGUGUCUAAUUUGCCAUUAACCCAUCACUGCAUUUUUCAUCUUGAUCUUCUUAGUUUUUAUCUCUGAGUUCAUUUUGAGCCUUUUUAAAAAAUUUUGCCUGCUAUUCUCUACUCAUUUUGGACAUGUGCAAUGUAACUACAUCAGUUGUAAUUCUCACAUGUGUUUGUUCAGAUUGGUUUUUAUUGACUGAUUCUUUUUCAUUGUGGUUUGUGAUUUUUCUUCUUUUUUUCCCUAGUAAUCUUUGUUUGAAUGCCAGACAGUAUUAAUUUUAUCUUUUUGGAUGGUAGGUAUGUUUGUGUUCCUAAAAAUAUUUAUGAGCUUUUAUCUGGGAUGCAUUUAAGUUACUUGGAAACAGUUUGAUCCUUUCAGGUCUUGCUUUUAAGAUUUGUUAAGUGGGACCAAAGCAGUUCUCAGCCGAGAGCUAUUUAUUCCCUCAUAUUCCCUCUGUGCUACAGCCUGGAAACCCUCAAGGCAGUCUGUUGGAUGUAUUAGUUAUCCAUUGCUAUGUAACAAAUCAUCCCGAAAACUUAAAACAACACGGCUUAAAACAACACGCAUUUAUUAUCCCGGGGUCAGGAGUCUGAACACGGCUUAGCUGGGUCCUCUACCUCAGGGUCUUUUGCAAGGUUGUGCAAAAGAUUCACUUCCUCACUUAUUUCUGUGGUUGUUGCAGGAUUCCGUUUGUUGCGUUAUUGGACCACAGGACUUAGUUUCUCGUUGGCUGUUGGAUGGGAGGCCACCCUUGGUCCCUUGCCACACAGACCUCCAGUAUUCUAGCUUGCCUCUUCAAAGUCAGCAAGAGAGAGAAUCUGCUACCAAGACAAAAUAACAUUCUUUUUUUUUUUUUUAAGAUUAUUUAUUUAUUUAUUUGACAGAGACAGAGAUAGUGAGAGCAGGAACACAAGCAGUGGGAGUGGGAGAGGGAGAGUGGGCUUCCUGCCGAGGAGGGAACCCGAGGUGGGACUCGAUCCCAGGACCCUGGGAUCAUGACCUGAGCCGAAGGCAGACGCUUAAUGACUGAGCCACCCAGGCACCCCGACAAAAUAACAUUCUUUUGUGACCUAAUCAUUCCCUCAAUGUUGCCAUAUUUUAUUAGUUGGAGCAGGUUACUCAAGAGAAGGGAAUUACACAAGGCUGGGAUGGCCAGGAUACAAGGAUCACUGAGGAUCAUCUUAGAGGCUGCCUACACACUAGGGCAGUUGUGGGGCUCUCCCCAUCUGUGUCUGUGUCUCAGGGUCACCUUUACUGCUGGAUGUCUGGUAUCUUAAAAACCAUUGUUUCAUGUAUUUUGUCUGCUGUCAAAAUAUAUAUUGUCACUUCAGAUUUCGUCAUUGUUCAUAUAUUUUUUGGUUGUUCCAGGCAGGAGGAUACAUCUGAUUCUCGUUAUUUCACUGUGGCUAGAAGUGCAAGUCUCAGCUCAGAUGCUGAUUCCCAUCUUUUUAAACUUACUGAAAAUUGUUUUGGCCUAACAUCUGCUCUAUCUAGGUAGGGAAGGUACCAUGUGGACUUAAAGAACUGGGAACUCAGCAGUUGUUGGAUGUCAUAUACUAAAGUAUCAAACAGGUCAAGGUGCUUGAUAGUGUUAUUCAGAUCUCCUGUUCUAACUGUAUUUUUAAAUUGCAUUUGGUCAAUUGCUGAGACAUGGCUGUUGAAAAUUAAGAAAUGUCCUUCUUCAGCUCUGAUAAUAUUCUAUCUUGAAAUCUAUUAUCUGACAGCAUAGCCGCCCAGCCUUCUUACACUUACAGUUUGCAUAGUAAAUCUGUCUCUAUUUACCCUUGACCUGUGUCUUCAUAUAUGAAAUAUGUCUCUUGUAGAAAGCAUAUAGUUUGUCUUAUUCUGAUGAUCCCUGCCUUUUAAUCAGGGAGCUUAGAUGAGGAUUGGACAGACUUUUUAUUCAAGAGCCAAAUGGGAAAUAUUUCAGACUUCAUGGGCCAUUUAGUUUGUCACAUCCACUCAACUCUGCCAAGAGUGGUAAAAAGAGUAAAGAGAGAAAGCAGCAAUAGACAAUAUGUAAAUGAGUGGGUGCAGCUAUGAUCCAGUAAAACUUUAUUUUCAGAAACAGGCAUUGGGCCAGAUUGGCCCUCGGGCAUCAUAAUUUGUUGGUCCCUGGUUUAGACUAUUUGAAUUAUAUUAGUAAUUACUAGUAUGUUUGGAUUUGUCUCACCACUUUAUUAUUCGCUUUAUGUUUGUCCCCUUGUUUUCCCCUGAUUUUCCUUUCCUUCUGUUUCAUAGACUACUUAAAUAUUUUUAAAUAUUUGUUUUCAAUUUUCCUAUUAGCUUUUAGCUGUGCUCCUUUUCAUUAUUAUUUUUAGUAGUCCCUCUAGGGAUUACAGUAUGCACCCUUAAUUCUUCACAGGCUUCUUAGCAUUAAUGUUUCCCUUCACAUUAAAAUGUGAAACCUUAGGGGCUCCUGGGACGCUCAGUUGGUUGAGCAUCCAGCUCUUGGUUUCAACUCAGGUCAUGAUCUCAGGGUUGUGAGAUCGAGCCCCGAGUGGGGCUCUGUGCUCAUCAGGGAGUUUGCUUGAGAUUCUCUCUCCCUCUCUCUCAGCCUCUCCUACUCUUGCUCUAUCUCUAAAAUAAGUAAAUAAAUCUUAAAAAAAUAAAAAUAAAAUAAAAUGUGAAACCUUACAACCAUAUAGAUCCCAUUAUCACACCCUCUUCUUUUGUUCUAGUUGUUUCAUGUAUUACCUGUACAUAUGUUGUGAAAUGUACAAGGCAAUUAGGUUAUAAUUUUUCCUUUAAACAGUCACAUGUAUGAUAAAAAAAAUUGAAAAGAUAAAAACAAACUUAAAAAUAAAUUUUCAUCUACCCAGAUAUUUACUAUUUCUAGUACUCUUAAGUUCUUUUGGGGGAUCAGAAUUUCCAUCUGGUAUCAUUUCCCUUCAUCCUGAAGAACUUAAUCACUUCUGCAGUGGGAUCACAUAAAAAACCCAAGAGACACACUUGGUUGUCCAUCAGUGAGCCUUGUCAUGGUGAAGAGGCCGCAUCCGCUGGUCGUGUUAGAGAAGUUCCAGAAACCCAGAAGUGCGCCGUUCCUGUCCCUUCUUGCCCACUGUGUCCCCACGGCCUGUCCCUCCCCCGUAUGUUGCAAAUCCAUCACUGCUUUCUGUCUCUGCUGUCUCUCGAAUCCACAUUCUCACCUUGCCUCGAUUUCUGGGGCAUCCACACAAAUAUUCUUUCAUGUCCAUUCUGGCCUUUUCACCUCCCUGCCUACUGCCGGAGAGAUCCUUUUUAACACUCGAUGUGGCUUUGUCAUCUUCCGUCUCCUCCUCUGAAAUGACUGCUUCCUGCUGUUGGGUUGAAGACUGAAUGCUUCUGCGUGGCCUGUGAGCCCCCCGUAGCUGGCCUCUGUCCCCCCCGCCCCCAUUCAGCACAGACAGCCCGGGGAGCUCUGUCCACACUGGCCUCCUUCUGUUUCUCACCCUCCCCACCUCUCCUUGCACUUCCUGUUUGCUCUGCUUUGUCGCCAAGGGGACUCCAAGCAUCCUUCAGAAAUUGUUCAGCAUUGUCUCUUCAAAUAAGCUCUCCUGAAACCCUGGCCGGGUCAGAUGGCCUUACUAGAGACUCUCAUAGCAUCGUAUGACUCUUCUUUGUGACGCUGGUCACCACUACAAUUAUGUGUGUGUUUGUGGGACUGUUGUUUAUCUCCUGGACACUCAGCUCUACGAGAUCAGGUACUAUCAGGUUUUUUGCUCAGCACAUAUUGUCAGUAUUUAGCACGGUGUUCAAUAAAUAUAUGUUGAAAGAAUAAAAGUUUAUUAGUUCAGUCAUUUACUCAAAACAGAGGUAUCCUAAAGAUGCUUGGAAGGAGAAGGAUAAUCAGUUGGCAUUAUUCUAAUUGUCAGAUGUGCCUUUUCUUCAUAAAAAUGAUCAAAUUGAAAUAUAAGUAUUGGCUCAGUCCAACUCAGUCCUGUUUGUAAAGAGUGUUGCUGCCCAGGAAAAGAUUUUUUUCUGCGAUACAAACUGGUAAUUGCAGUCUAUUUGGACAGUAGACACACAUAUGUUGUAGGUCUAUCUUCCUUUAACAAACACACUCCUGGGUUUCUCCCGUAAUCUCACACGACUACCACAGAGGACACUUCUGACACCAAAUGUGGGGGAUUUUUUUCCCCCACACCAAGCAAUUCCCUGUGACACCAACUGAGCACCCUAAAAAUCACUUCAGUUUUGACACUAAUUAGAGUUAGCAAAGACUCCACCGGGUAAGUGCUCAGUCUCCACAGACGGCCCCCACUUCACAUGGCCCCCAUGACCUCCCUCCUUGGAUUCCAUCACUUGCUAGAACAGCUCACAGAACCCAGGGAAACACAUAUGUUGACCAGUUUAGUAUAUUAUCAAGGAUAUGAUAAAGGUUACAGAUGAACAGACAGAUGAAGGGAUACAUAGGACAAGGUUCACAAGUGUCUGGUGUUUUGGUUUGGUUUUUUUCAGUCUUUAUACUCUUUGCUUUUCAGUUUUUGAAAGUUCUAUUGAUAUAUCCUCUUGGAGAGUCUUUCGUUAACUGUGUCCAGUCUACUAAUGAGUUCAUCAAAGGCAUUCUUCAUUUGUUAGUUUUUUGAAAAAUCUCUAGCAUGUUGGGCGCCUGGAUGGCUCAGUUGGUUAAGUGUCCAACUCUUGAUUUCAGCUCAGGUCAGGAUCUCAGGGUCUUGAGAUCGAGCCCCACGUCCGACUCCCUGCUCAGUGCCAAGUCUGCUUGAGAUUCUUUCUCUCCUUCUCCCUCUGCCCCUCCCCCUGCUCGUGCUCUCUCUCAAAUAAAUAAAUCUUUAAAAAAAACUCUUGCUUUUUUUUGGUUCUCCUUACAUUGCCCAUCUGUUCUUGCAUGCUGUCUACUUUAUCCAUUAGAGCACUUACCACAUUAAUCAUAGUAGCUUUAAUUCCCAGUUUCAUAAGUCCAGCAUCCCUGCCAUAUCUAUAUGCUCUAUAAUUUGUCUCUCACGACUGUAUUGUAAAUAUGCUUAUAAAGGACAUUACUCCUUUCCUUCCAGAAGAAUCUGAUGGCAUUUCCUUAACCCCCUUUUCUCUUCUCAGAUAAAAUUGAGUGCACUGUCCUUUGUGAAACCAUCUUUUCAGGUCUUGCGUGACAAUGUGAAGCUCUGAUUCGCAUAAUUCUCUGACUACUCCUCGGGUUCCUCUCAUGGUUUCUGUUUGUGCCUCUUAACAGCGGGUAUCUGUGAAAAAUUGUCUCCUCAGUGGUGCUUAUGGUUUACAGGUUGACUAUCCCUCUUAGCUCUUAUGCCUGUGAUUAUUUGAAAAGUAGGUACUAUCAAACAUUUACUGUCCCAAAUAUUAGGAUGGUGGCUUUAUCUUACCUUUUUCUUUAAAUAAUUUCCAGGGUUUAGGUGCAAAAAAAAAAAAAAAAAGGGUGGGCAGACUAAUCUUGAAAAACUGCUGUCAGGGCGCCUGGGUGGCUCAGUCGGUUGAGUGUUGGACUCUUGGUUUCAGUUCAGGCUGUGAUCUCAUGGGUCACGGGAUCGAGCCCCAUGUUGUGCUCUGUACUCAGCGGGGAGCCUGCUUGAAGAUUCUCUCCCUCUGCUCCUCCCCCUGCUCUCUCUCUUUCUCUCUCUAAAAUAAAUAAAUCUUAAAAAAGUAAAAACCCUGCUGUCAUUGCGGCAUUCUCAGAAGAAGACCACAAGCAUCUGUCCACUCACCAGACAUUCAUCAGGCAUACUCUGUGUACCAGACGCUGUGCCAGGAGCUGAGGGCUCAGAGGUUAAAGACUCUAGUCUCUAAUCUCCGGAAGCUCAGAGUUGCAGCACAGCUGAGUUUGAUGCAGGCAUAUUUCUAGUGCUCGGCAGUCACGUGGCUGGAGGUCACUGCGUGGGACUGUACAGUUUUAUGCCCCUUUUCCUCACUCAUAAAAUGAAGAUAAGAAUAGCUUCUACCUCCUGGAGUUCCAGGCAGUAGAGAUGAACCCUGGACUCUGGAAUUCGGGCUUGUGUGUAACUUGAGGCAAGUGAUUUCAACACCCUGAACCUCUCCCAAAGUAAAGAUUCCGUUUUCCACUUCCCAGGCUUGUUAGGAGGAUUAACUAUGCCAAUAUGAUGGCAAGUCUGGACCUAAAGCCGAGAAAUCAACAGUAGAGCUGCAGGACAUUUUCAAAGAAGGCCCAUCCCGAGGAAUAAACACAGAAGAAUUUAAAAAGAGAAAGUCUCUACUGGGAGAUACCUGGAAGUCUAGAGAACAGUUUAAGAAUCAGCACUUAAACCAGGAGAAGUAUCUGGGACACGAUAAAGUCACCUGUAUGGAAGUUCCUGCCAAAGAAGGAGAUACAGAAUCUAAUGAAUUUGGAAAAGUUUUCACUCUACAAUCAAUAGUUUCAGAACAGAGUGAUCUUAUACAAGAGUGUUUUCAUGAACAUGGUACACAUGGAAAAAUCUUCAAACAAAACUCAGAGUUAAUUAUACAAAGGAAGUGUGGUGGAAAGAAACCUCGUAAAUGUGGUGGAUGUGGGAAAACCUUCAGAGACCACACUGCUCUUGUUCAACAUGAAAGGACUCAUACUGGAGAGCGACCCUAUAAAUGUAAUGUAUGUGGAAAGGGAUUUAACCAGAGUUCCCACCUAACAAACCAUCAGAAGACUCAUACAGGAGAAAGGCCCUACAAAUGCAAUGAAUGUGAGAAGGCCUUCAGUUAUUGCUCAGUCCUUAUGCAACAUCAGAGAAUUCAUAGUGGGGAGAGACCAUAUGAAUGUACUGAAUGUAGCAAGACAUUCAGUCGUAGCACAUACCUUACUCAGCAUCAAAGAAUUCACACGGGUGAGAAGCCCUAUAAGUGUCUGGAAUGCGGAAAGGCUUUUAGCCAGAGCACGCAUCUUACUCUCCAUCAGAGAAUUCAUACUGGAGAGAAGCCUUAUGAAUGCAAUGAAUGUGGUAAAACCUUCAGUCAGAGUGCACAUCGUACUCAACAUCAGAGAAUUCAUACGGGAGAAAAGCCCUAUGAAUGUAAUGACUGUGGAAAAGCUUUCAGUGAUCAUUCAGCUCUUAUUCGACAUAUCAUCCACACUGGGGAGAAACCUUACGAAUGUAGUAACUGUGGGAAAGCUUUCAGUUACUGUUCAGAUCUCAUUCAACAUCAGAGAACACAUACUGGAGAGAAACCAUACAAAUGCAGUGAAUGUGGGAAUGCCUUUAGUGAUUGUUCAGCCCUUAUUCAGCAUCAAAGAAUUCACACUGGAGAGAAGCCCUAUGAGUGUAAUGAAUGUGGGAAGGCCUUUGGUAACUACUCAGCUCUUAUUCGACAUCAGAGAACUCAUACUGGAGAGAAGCCCUAUGAAUGUAAGGAAUGUGGAAAAACCUUUAGCAGAAGGACAUACCUUGCUCAACAUCAGAGAAGUCAUACAGGUGAUAAACCAUAUAAAUGUAAUGAAUGUGAGAAAACUUUCACCCAGAGUUCAUUCCUUACACAACACAUGAGGGUUCAUACUGGAGAAAAACCCUACAAAUGUAAUGAAUGUGGGAAAGCUUUCAGCGACCGCUCAGGGCAUAUUCAGCAUCAGAGAACUCACACUGGAGAGAAGCCCUAUGAAUGUAAUCAUUGUGGGAAAGCUUUCAGUUUCUGUUCAGCUCUUAUUCAACAUCAGAGAAUUCAUACUGGAGAGAAGCUCUAUAAAUGCAAUGACUGUGGAAAAGUCUUUAGUGAUAGGUCAGCACUUAUUCAACAUCAGAGAACUCACGCUGGAGAGAAUCCCUAUAAAUGUAACGUAUGUGGAAAAGCCUUCAGUCAGAAUGCAAGCCUUACAAAUCACCAGAAAACUCAUUUUAGUGAAAGAUCCUGUAAAUGCAGUGAAUGUGGAAAAGCCUUUAGUUACUGCUCAGGCCUUAUUCAACAUCAAAUCAUUCAUACUGGAGAGAAACUUCAUGAGUGCAGUAAAUGUAGCAGAGCCUUUAGCCGGAGGAUGGACCUUAAAAAACAUCAGAAAAUUCAUACUGAAGAGAAACUCUACAAAUGUAAUGAAUGUGGAAAAGCCUUCAGCCAGAGCACAUAUCUUACAAAACACCAGAAAAUUCAUAGUGGGGAGAAACCAAAUAUACAUACUGAGUGUAGGAAAACAUUUAGACAAAACUCUUCUAUUCGACAUGAAAAAUCUUGCACUGGAGAGAAAUCCUCUGAAUGCCUUGAGGGUCUGGCUACUGUGGAGACCCUUCCCAGGGAAACAGAAGGAGGAUCAUGAAAACUGUUAAUUAGAGUGGCCACAUUGUUUAGUGGGAGGCACACAUCUCUGGGUUUUAAAGGUCCUGGGUUCCAAUCUCAGCUCUAUUACCAACUAGUUCUAUUACUUACUUUAGGGUAAGUCACUUUACCUCUUCAUGCCUUAAUUUACUCACCUAAAAAAUUGGAAGGCCUGAUUAAUUGAUCUUUAAGAUCCACAUUUAUUUUAUUUAUUACCAAUGCAUGUUUUUAUAGAUGUGACUCUCAAAUUGUGACUUAUUUAUUCUACAACAGGUCUGAUUUACAAUGUGAGGAUGUAGUAGUUAUGAGGAAUUCAAUAAAGAUAUAGACUACAUGCUAUUUAUUACCUUUGUAUUGGUCCUCCAAAAUUAAACAUACCAUGAGUAUUCAAGGAGAUUGAGACAUAAAAUAGUAUAAAUUAUGCUAAUUAUUGCAGUAGGAAGGUUGGGGUCUUGAUUAAGAAUAUGGUGUUUGAUAAAUCCUCAAAAAGAGUGAAUCAAAUUGUUGGUAAAGGCUGGCUUACCUAGAAUCCACCCAAAUUUAAUGUUGCAAUAUACAUUUUCUCUAUUAAGUUGAAUUGGUCACUAUCAUGUCCCAGGUGAAAAGGAACUAGAAAACAGUUCUAAAGUCUUGAGCAGGUUACCAAGAAAAGAUGAAAUUGGAAAAUGCAUUUGUUGUUUCCAUACCUUAAACAUGUAAAGACCACAUGAAUGAGAAUAAAACUUGAGAUCCCAUUCACCUAGAAAAGUCUGUUGGUCUCUUGUCUUUGUCCUGUGAUUACAGAGAUAUUAGCCUGAAAAUAUGAAGAUUUAUCUCAGAAACCUGUGAUUUUAAGUUGACCAGUUAAUCUUUUCCAAAUUUUCUGUAAUGCCUAUGCAUUGUUUUAUAAUCAAACUAUUUUUUAAAAGCAUUUGAU